CAGUCGCUCGCUCGGUCCCUCGCUCGGUCCGCAGCCGUCGGACCGUGAACGCUGGAUUUCACCGCCGCGAGAAGCCGUUGAUUAGCGCUCAUUACGGCAGGAUUCAGGGGACAAGACACAAUCAGAGCCGUCCACACCACAUGAAGCCCAUGAGGGAGACGUUCCCAACAAGUUCCUAGGAAACAGUGACGUUUAAUGGGUGCCCUCUCCCAAGGUUGUUGGAGUUCCCGCAAUUAUAGAUCCAUUGUCAACAGAAAAGCUCUCAUCAUGGAAACCCGCUACCUGCACACAGCGCUCCAUGAUCCCUCCUGUAGAGGGUGUAUUUGCUGAGAAAGGGGAAGUGAGACUGAGACAAGCUUGUCUGUGAAAACUAAAAUCCCCCCAAGCCAUGUAGUUACCUCUUUCCAAUGAGGGGGGAGGGUCUACAUUUGAGUUAGAUUUGUUUUCUGUUUUGUUUUGUUUUUUUUCCGUUCAUGUAAUCUUCAAGACAGAUUUGUGUCCACUUAUUUAAAGAGUGCAUGUGGGUGAGGACAGAACUUGUAAGGUGAGGAGAACACAACAGAAAGGGAAAAAAAAAAAAAAAGAAAGAGAAAGAAAGAAAGAGAGAGAUGGUUCUCCACACCACCCCUUACACCAGUGCCUGUCUGCACUUCCUGGAUGGCUUGUCGUGGAGCCUAGUGUUCCCCUGCUACUGGCUGCUGGACCGGCUCCUGGCCUCCUGCGUGGCCACCUCACUGGAAAAGCGCCAACGCUCCCAGGACCCCUGCUCCUUCCUCACCCUGUGCGUCGCUAUCUCCGCGCCCCUCUACCUGCUCCUCUUCCUCGCCUCCCUGCCCUUCGCUCUGCUGGGCUUCAUUAUCUGGGCUCCCCUGCAGGCCAUCCGCCAGCCAUACCUGUACACCUACCGCAGACCAGAUAAACACCAGGCCGAGCAGGGCCAGGCUGGACCAGGAGGUGUUGGGAUUGGGGAGUGGAGGCCACAAGGCAGAAGCUUCUGUUUCUGCAGUGCCAACGUAUGCUUGCUGCCUGACUCCUUAGCAAGGUUCAACAACCUGUCAGACACCCAUAGGAGAGCCCGGGAGGUGGGAAGGAGGAUCCGCAACGGUGCCAGUCGGCCUCAGAUCAAAAUCUACAUUGACUCACCUACCAACACUUCCAUCAGUGCGGCAUCCUUUAGCAGCCUUGCCACAGGUUUCCGUCGUACCUCCUCCCUGGACCAGCGUCCAGACCAAACACACACUAACGGCCCAGCUGACCCCGAAACAGAACCACUCACUGAGUGCCCAGUGCACUCCUCAGGUGCCAUCGAUUGCCCCGUUCAUCCCCCGGAAGGAGACCAGGGCUCCGCUGAAUGCCCCCUUCACUCGGAGAAAGCAGACACGACAGCAGAGUGCCCCCUCCAUGCUGCAGGGACCAACGGCAGCUCAGACUGUCCCGUUCACACUUCAGGGGAGGCUUCAGACUGCCCCAUGCAUUCCACAGGGGCUCAGAAUGGCCAAGGCCAUAAUGACUGUCCCAUGCAUGGGGAGGGGACCAAGCCAAAACCAUCCCAAGACUGCCCACUUCACACCUCAGGGGUUCAAAUCAGUAUCAGCGCCCCGGAACCAGACCCCCAGGAUGAGGAGGCCGAAACAGGGAACCAUCGGCCUGGCGAGCACACAGGUGGAGACACGGGAAGCAUGACUGCCUCCAGAGAAUCCCUUGCUCGUUAUCACGGAAAUGACGGUGGCAUAGGGAUAUCUUCCAACAACACUCUCUCUCAUGUCCCUCGCACAUCAAUCUUUAAACGCCCCGGACGAAAACGCCGCCAUGGCGAUGAGACAUUCGACCAUGAGAUCUCUGCCUUUUUCCCUGCCAAUUUGGAUUUCCUGGCUCUACAGGAAGUGUUCGAUCACGGGGCGACGGCGAGACUGCGGCGGCAGCUGCACCGUUACUUCCCCUAUGUGCUGAGUGAUGUUGGGAGGUAUGGCUGGAAGGGUUGUUGCUCGAGGUUCAAAUUCCUGAACAGCGGGCUGAUGCUGGCCAGCCGCUACCCGAUAUUAGACGCACGGUACGAGUGCUACCCCAACGGGAGAGGGGAGGAUGCACUGGCGGCCAAGGGAGCGCUGUUUGCCAAGGUUCACGUGGGCACCUCCCAUCAGGAGCAAAGGGUUGUGGGAUAUCUCACGUGUACGCACCUCCACGCCAUAGAAGCUGACGCAGCCGUACGCUGCGAGCAGCUGGACCUGUUGCUCCAGUGGGGGACUGAGUUUCGCCAGUCCUCAUCCCAGCCACCUGCAGGGGAGAAGGUGCUGGAAGACCUGGUGGCCUUCGAUGUCAUCCUGGGAGACCUCAACUUUGAUAACUGCUCCUCAGAGGACAAGCUGGAGCAGCAGCAUGCACUUUUUACCCAAUACAAGGACCCAUGUCGCCUCGGGCCAGGGGAGGACAAACCAUGGGCUCUGGGUACUUUACUGGAUCCCAGCGGCCUUUAUGACGACGAGGUCAGUUCACCUGAAGGUUUACAAAAAGUGAUGGAGAACGAGGAGGGUAGGAAGGAGUACCUGGUGUUCCCUCCCAGUAAGAGCCAGUGUCCCGCCAGCAGUCAGAAGGGGAGGAAGAUCCCGCUGAAGGGCAACGGACGGCGGAUCGACUACAUCCUCUACAGCGACGAGGGCCUGCAGCAGGACUGGAAACUGGAAAUGGAGGAGUUCAGUUUCGUCACCCAAUUAGCUGGUGUCACCGACCACCUGUCUGUGGCCAUGCGAUUGGCUGUGGCCACUGGAGAAGAGGAGCCUUAGAUUGAUCGACCACCUGGGCUUUUUUUUCUACUGCCACGGAGGUUUGACAGACGACGAAAAGAUGAAGAGUUUACAGAUAUGGCGCUGCUUGAGAAACACAACAUGCAGUCCUGAGAGAGGAUUGAAAGGACAGCGGAAUGGACGGAUGAAUCACCAGAGGAGCGCUGUGUGGAUCGACGCGCAUAAAGACGGUAGAGGAGAGCGACAGCAGAGGAGUGAUAUGAAAGAGAAAGAGUCUGGAGGGGAGAGAUAAGCAGGGGGACUGAGUUCAGAAAGCCAGAAAGGUAUUCUUCUUCCUGGCGAACCCACACACACACACACACACCCACACACACAAACACACACUACCUAACACAAACACGAUUGAUCGACAUUUUGACUGUUGAAUUUCGCCUGGCCUCUCCUCUCUGCUCCUCCAACACUCCCUGUUGAACUAAUCCAGAGGGUUUUAUUUACAGUGAAUUGUUUCAUGUAGCCAAUUGACACACACUCCUUUAAUUGGAUUUGUUUUAGCUAUAGUGUAAUGAUGAUUUUUCUUCUUUUUUUUUUUUUAAUGAUUCAACCUUCAGGGACUGUUGGAUCGUCAUUCUUUUAGUGACUGUGUUUAAAAAAAAAAAAACGGAAAACAAUAUUUAAGUAGUGAGAGUGAAGCUACUGACUGGCCUUUACACUGACCGUCUGUGUCCUUGUGUUGUGCUCCUUCCUGAAAGGCUCUUGGUCAGUUCAUUCACCUUACUGCUCCCACAUCAGUCCCAGGAACCUCAACAAGUGUCUUUUUUUCUAAAAAAAAAUAAAUAAAUAAAUAAAUUAAACUAGUCUUUCUAAGGGGAGAGAAAUAAUAUGAUACAAUUUCUAUUGUCGCCACAUCACUUUUUAUAGGGAGAUUAAAUGCCUGUUUAAUACUAUAUGGUAUGUUUCUAAUAAGAGGUAUUGUAUUGGGACAUGAAACCAGAGGAAAAAAAAAAGGUUUGAUGCAAUGCUUAUAGCAUGUUUUUUCAUCCAUGAAAGUGACUUCUCAAGGUUUUGCUGAUGCAUGAUGGGAAACGGUAUCAGUUUACAACAUUAAUAUAGAGGCUUGAUAUGCGUACUUGCUUGAGUCUGGAUGCUUGGUGAGUCAAGAAGCAUUUUACCCUAAAAGAUACACACUUACUGUAUGCCAGUGUGACAUUUGUGCAUGUGGGACUCCAACACAUAACAAACAUAAAGGUAUGCACAGGAACAUACUGAGGAUUUACAGUGUACAUCAUGUACAGAGGGGUUUCAGGUGAUGUAACAUACCCUCUUGUGGCCAUAUUGGAGGACCUGUGACUUACCUAUCAUUGAGAGGGUAGUUAUUGUCAGCUUGUUAGCUAACAAACCGCUGUGGCUGUCUUGUUAGCGAGCCACUACUGUCUUAUAAGCAUGUCUGAUUUGUGCACUCGUCAGAAUACAGUAUACAGCCCAGUUUUUGGUUUGAGCACAAUCAGUUGUACGAGGGAUCACCAUGACAACAGCCAUAUUGUGAUUAAACUGCAAAACCUCGAAACACACACACACACACACACACACACA